AUGAAGAGCAUCCUGAAGGAGAAGACGCUUAGUAAGUCCCCUGUUUGUGUGAUCCACGCGGCCCAGAGCAACUCCAUCGGAGCCGUGCGCUGGACCCUCCCGGAGGAGAACUUGCAGGCACACAGCUCUGCCCCCAGCAAUCCCUUCAAGAGCCCCUCCAGCUCCUCCCGCCCGCAGCAGCACCCCAGACAGCAGGGCCUUCAGGAUCUACGCAGCCUGCAGGAGUGUGUCAAGUUCAUCAACCACUGGAAGGAGGAGGUUGUACGAGUCUGUAAGAACAGCAACGAUCUAGGGGAGGGCCCCAGCAAGGAGGAGCCCCACAAAGCGGACUCCCGCACCGAGCGCAGCCUGGAGGAGAGCCGAAAACUCAUCCUGCAGUGGGCGGACGAGCUCAAGAGCGUGGACACGCUGUUUAAGGAGUGCCCCUGGAGGCAGGAGCGGGAUGAGCAAGAGGCCCCGGAGAGCAAAGACGACGAUGAGAACAAUAACAAGCUGGUGCAGGAGAGGAUCAUGGAGUGGGCCAAGGAGCUGCACAGUGUGUCAGAGAGCUGUGGGGUGCCGGGGGAGGAGUUGGCUCAGAUGCUGCGCAUGCUGGGACUGAGGAAGAAGAGGCUGGUGAGCCUUCUUCCCCUGCUGGAGUUCAUCACCUGGUCCCUGCUGAAGGAGGACAGCAAGAGCAUCGUGCCCCAGCUGUGGUUGUCAGCCAAACAGCGCACCUGGAAAGCAGGAACUCCUAGAUACAUUCCGAAUUCAGUUUGGAGCUGGAUCACCAGUGCAGCAGCCGACGUGACCCUUGACCCCAUGACCAACCACCCCUGGCUGCUGCUGUCGGACGACCGGCGCAAGGUGCAGGAGGCCCACGCGGAGAUGGAGGUAGCCUACAGCACACAGCGCUUCGACGUCUGGCCCUGCGUGCUGGGCUGGGAGGGCUUCGACUCUGGCCGCCAUUACUGGGAGGUGGACAUGGCCAACAACGGCUACUGGAGGGUGGGCGUGACCACGGCCACGUCCAAGAGGCGCGGCCGCUUCGCCAUGGUGCCGUCACAGGGCUACUGGACCCUGUGGCGGAGCACCCGGCAGUUCUACGCCUGCACCAAGCCCGAGACACCCCUCCCCGUGGGGCUGGUCCCGCGGAAGCUCGGCGUGUACCUGGACUACGAGGAGGGACAAAUCUCCUUCUACAACGUCGAGAACAAGUCGCACAUCUACACCUUCACCGACAGCUUCAGGGGGAAGCUCUACCCGCUCUUCGCCCCGCUGGACGGCCGGACUCUCAUCACAGUCUCCUCCCCCAACUCCGUCACUGAGUUCUGA